GCCUCACCAGCCUCUAGGGCAACUCGGGGGCCGCCCGCUCUCGGAGGUGCGGAGCACUUCCCCCCAGGGUCCGUUGCGUCGCAGGCGCCGCGGGAGCACUCGCCAUGAAAACUCUGUGGCUAGCUCUGUGCGCGCUGUCGCGGCUGUGGCCCGGGACCCUGGCCGGCUGCACCGAGGCCGGGCGUUGCUGCCCGGGCAGGGACCCCGCCUGCUUCGCCCGCGGCUGGAGGCUGGACAGGGUCUACGGGACGUGUUUCUGCGACCAAGCCUGCCGCCUAACCGGGGACUGCUGCUUCGACUACGCCAGGGCGUGCCCAGCUCGUCCGUGCAUCGUGGGGGAGUGGAGCCCCUGGAGCGGCUGCGCAAACCAGUGCAAGCCCACCGCCCGUGUGCGAAGGCGCCUCGUGCAGCAGGAGCCUCAGAACGGCGGGACGCCUUGUCCGCCCCUGGAAGAGAGAGCCGGCUGCAUGGAGUAUUCAACGCCGCAGGGCCAGGGCUGCGGGCACGCCUUCGUCCCUGCCUUCAUAACUACCUCUGCAUUCAACAAGGAGAGAACAAGACAAGUCACUUCUCCACAGUGGUCCACAGACACAGAGGAUCCUGGAUACUGUAUGGAGUUCAGGACAGAGUCACUGAGUCAUCACUGUGCAAUGGAGAACCGGCCUCUGACUCGAUGGAUGCAGUAUCUCCGAGAGGGAUACACGGUGUGUGUGGACUGUCAGCCUCCAGCUAUGAACUCUGUGAGCCUCCGUUGUUCUGGAGAUGGCCUCGACUCUGAUGGAAAUCAAACUCUCCAUUGGCAAGCCAUUGGCAAUCCUCGAUGUCAAGGAACUUGGAAAAAAGUUCGGCGAGUAGAUCAAUGUUCUUGUCCAGCGGUCCACAGCUUUAUCUUUAUAUAGACUGUAAACUAUAUAUUUCCAAGUGUGUUUGUAAACAUGUUAAAUAUUAUCAAGUCAAAUUCAAUGCUUCAUAAACCGUCAAAAACUGGUCCAAAUCCCUGAAUACAUGUCAUGGCCCCACACUCUGAAAUAGAGAAAGAAAAUUUAGGGACCAGUUCUCGAGAAGCAUGGAACCUUUAUUUUUAUUUUUACUAAGACCCACCAUAAAGGCUUCUAUGGUCUUACAUAUUUCACUUUCCACCUGGAUGUCAUUCAACA